AUGCAGGCUCUCAAAAAACAAGCUGAUGCUUCCGCUUCAUUAAAUUUAGAUGGUUCCUCAGCUGUUUCCGCCUUUGAAUCUCGGCACAAGAUGAUAUCCUUCAUAUUUCAUCUGGAGGACGUCGUUAUCGAUCUAUUUGAGCAGUAUUUUCAACCAUCGACUCGUGAACAGUCUCAAAUUGGGACCGAAAAGGCAACUCGAAUCGGCCUGACUCAUCGGCACCCAUCUCUGACUCGCCCCUUUGGCCAAUUCGAGUUUAUUCGUUCCUGUCUUGUGUACGAAUCGUUUUCCGAUGGAUCCCACUUCUCUGAUCUCUCUUGUGCUGAAAUCCUGGUUCGCGACACUCGCUACCUUGGUAAUAUUUUUACUCUUUAUAUUAGUUGA